AUGUCGUCGGCUGGAGGAACAUUAGACGCCGAGUCAGAGACGCAUAUGGCAGUGUCCCAAGAUGCUGAUGCGAUCAAGAGUCCGGACCUUGCGACAAGCAACCAUGACAUGCAACCAGCUCCAUCGCUCUCGAACCAAGUAAAAGUCUCGGCGCAAGACGACACAGUCGGCCACGACAGUUCUCACUUGUUGCAAGAACCGGAGGCUUCUUCUCUGGAGUCGACCGCCACAGUCCAGCAGAUCUCAGACAAUCGAGAGCCUUCCUACACCAGGCAGGAACCGACUACAACACAGAUUCGCCAACCCGAGAACUCGACCAUCACAUCCCUCAAACACGAGCACAGUUCGCGGACGCAAUCGCCGCUGCGCGAAUCGUCAGUGCCUGUGCCUUCAACCGAGAUGACUGCUGCCAUCGCACCUCCCGCACCUCCCAAGAGGAGUCAUAAGAAGAAGGGCGUGGCUGCUGCUGCCGUCACUAAGCGUAGUGCCGCCGCUCCUGCGAAACGCAGUCAUAAGAAGAAGGUUGUGGCCUCCUCGACGGCGACACCAGCCCAGUCCUCGCCAGCCCCUCGCUCCGUGCGUACCGCAUCCUCGCCUGCAAGAUCGUCACCCGACGUCGAUGGCAAUGGCGACCAACACUUUUCUGGAGACGAAGGAGAGGAAGAGGAAGGCGGUGUGAUUUCUGACACGGACUUAUAUUGCCUUUGCCGUAGACCGGACACCGGAACUUUCAUGAUAGGAUGUGACGGCGGCUGUGAUGACUGGUUCCACGGCAAAUGCGUCAACAUCUCCGAGAAGUGGAAAUCCCUGAUCGACAAAUACAUCUGCCCUUUCUGCACGGAAAAGGGCCUCGGCGAAACGACUUGGAAGAGAAUGUGUCGCAGAACUGGUUGCGGCAUGCCUGCCCUGGUCAACAAGCACUCGAAAUUCUGUUCAGACAGAUGCGGUCAACUGUUCUUCCGCGCGCUGGUCACCGAACAGACUCGCCAGCCAGUGGUCGACACAGCCAGCAGAUCGAGAAGAGGCCAACAAGCAACCACCGACGACCUAGGAGCCAGAGGCGGCCUCAUCAGCAUUAGCGAGCUCAAGUCCAUCGUCACCGCGCGCCCUACCGUCGAAGCAUUGCACACCCUAAACAACGGCCCCGUCUCUCCCAUGCCCGGCUCCUCUCCCAACGCCAUCAAGGACGAAGGCGCCGAAGACGACAUCCCCCUAUCCCACGAAUCCGCACUCAACGACAUUGAACGCGAACGCAUCGACCAAAUCACACACCUCAAAGCCUUUGCACACGCCCGCCACUCCCUCCUCCGCGACCGCUCCAAGUUUGUCGCCAUGCUCAAGACCGUCGCGUCCCGCCUCGCCGACCACAGAAACGUCAAGCCCAAGGAUCUUUGCGGCUACGACUCACGUCUCUCCUGGAGCGAGGAAGAAUUCGACGAGUGGCGCGCUUCAGCCGCCGGCAAGGAAGCCCUGCAAAUUGGAAGUUUACCUCUACCCUCCACCGAAGACGUCGAUGGCGAUGUAGGCAUGAGCAACACCAACGACCCCGAGCGCUCCACCUGCAUGAAGAAGAAAUGCAACAGACACUACGAAUGGGCCAAACUGCACAUGGAAGACUUCAGCUUUGAGACCAAGCAAAACAGCGCCGUCAUCUACAGCUUGGAGAAGGAAGAAGAGGAAAUCAUUGAACGCGCUCGCCUUAGAGCUAGGGAAAUCAGGGCUGGUGGCGUGGGUGGUACGGUGGAGUUUCAUGGGUUGAGUGCGCCCAAGGAGAACAAAGAGGAUAGGGAGUUGGGUGUUGGACCUGUGGUUGAGGAACGCCAUGACCAGCAUUCUCAUGAUGUGGAGAUGAAGGAGGAGAAGAUUGAUGAGGGUAUGGGUGCAGCCGAGGAGAAGACUGUUGAAGGUAUGGAUGUAGAGGAGGAAAUCCAAGCUGAUGAAGAAGACAAGGAGGUUGAUAUGGUCGAUGCCAUUGCGGCUUCCAUCUAA